UGAGCAGGUCGGGGUGGGCUACCGCGCGCUGGGCUGCAGCUGCUGGGAGGUUCGCGACGUUGCGAGAGGCGGCCGGGAUGCCCAAGUACUACGAGGGCAAGGAGAGCGACGGGCGCGCGUGCUCGGGGGUGCGCGAGGACCUGGUCACCUGCCUGGUGGAGCAUGCGUGCGUCGCCGAGGAAGGGAAAAGCCCCAGACAAUGCUUGAAAGAAGGACACUGUAACAAAUUUCUGGUUUCAUUGUUUGAAUGCAAAAGAUCCAUGUUGGAUUGCAGAGCGAGAUUCAGAGGAAGAAAGGGAUACUGAAGCUCCCCUGUUAAACAGCAGCAAGUGUGGCUAAUCUAUCAUGUGUUGGUACCACAAGAAGAAAGGACUUGGGAUAAGGAGAUAGCAUUCUUUGUUUUCCCAAACUUUUCUUCAGUCCUGUGAAUGAAAACUCUGGUCUUUAAGCACUGAAUGACUGAUAUUCCUGACUACAAGAAAUUCAACAAUGGAAAUCAAGUCUGGCAAUUUGUGGUGGUGAUAUUUUUUUUCAAUACAAUACAUGUCCACAAGAAUAUGAAGGAAUGAUCCUGUAGCCUUAUAGGAGAGUUUAGAUUCCUAGCUCUGAGGUCAGAGGCAGCAUCCUGGCCUUGGAGCUGGGGAUUGGUGCUUUACUCCCCUCCCCUGCUCCCUUGAUGCAGGCCUGGAAAGAACCAUGUGGAUGUACUCUUAAGGUCAGGAAAUCAGGAAAGAGGCCUUGAAGAGGAGUUAAAGGGAGCAUUUUACGGGGAGGGGAGAAACAGGUGGCCAGGAUAUGAGCGAGCAAGCAAGCUACCUAGUUGUGCAAUUAGAGCAGGAUCAAGAGCAGAUUUUGCAAAUAUAUUAGUUUCAAUAAAUUGUUAAUAUUCAUGAAUAAAAUGGUUAAGUCUC